CUACUGUUGGUUUGAAAGCUCUCAUUAGAUGGAUAAGAUGAUUCGCAUACACGCGUGGUUUAUUUAAACCACCAAUAUCAUUACAGCAUAAAUUACAAAACUACAAACCGAUAAAAGAAAACCGUUUUGAUCUUGAACGCUCCUGAACAUUUUGAUCUUGAACGCUCUAAGAUUGCGGAGUGCAGGAAGUAUUUUAUUCCAGCGGCCGGAUGUUCCCUGAGAGGACAGGAACAACAAAGAAGAGAAAGUGCCCGGGUUUUAAACCUACUUGACGAACACGAAACCAGAGCAAAUAAACUGUUGUUCGCAGUAGGGCAAAAUAAUUUGGUUUGCAUGUGAGGACAAGUGUCUGCUGAGCCAACCAUGGCGAACAAUGCAGAGGAUAUUGAAAACAAUAUGGACCAGCAGGAGACCAACGUGGCCCCUGAACCCGCACAGCAGCCACAGGAGGCGGCCGUGACCAGAGCACGCUCCAGAGGAGGCUCCGGGGCCGGAGGAGGUGGAGGAGGUGAUGAUGGAGGCGGAGGUGGCAGUGGCAGUGGACCAGAGCAGAACGGACAGCCCCCCGUCGCUCGUCCUCCGCGUGUGGUGGAGACUGAGGAGGAGGAAGACGAAGAGCUGACCUUGAAAUACGGUGCCAAGCAUGUCAUCAUGCUGUUCGUUCCCGUGACUCUCUGCAUGGUUGUUGUCGUGGCAACCAUAAAGUCGGUCAGCUUCUACACCCAGAAUGACGGGCAGAGAUUGAUCUACACGCCAUUCCCCGAAGACACAGACACCGUAGGACAGAGAGCCCUCAACUCCAUCCUGAACGCCACCAUCAUGAUCACUGUGAUCAUCGUCAUGACUUUGGUGCUGGUGCUGUUAUAUAAGUACCGCUGCUACAAGGUGAUCCAAGGCUGGCUCUUCCUCUCCUCCCUCCUCCUUCUGUUCUUCUUCUCCUACAUCUACCUCAAAGAGGUUUUCAAGACCUACAACGUGGCCAUGGACUAUUUCACGCUGGCGAUAAUAAUUUGGAACUUUGGAGUGGUGGGCAUGAUGUGCAUUCACUGGAAAGGACCACUGCGGCUCCAGCAGGCCUACCUCAUCAUGAUCAGCGCCCUCAUGGCCCUGGUUUUCAUCAAGUACCUGCCAGAGUGGACCGCCUGGCUCAUAUUAGCCGUCAUAUCUGUCUACGAUCUGUUAGCGGUGCUCUGUCCCAAAGGACCUCUGAGGAUCCUGGUGGAGACGGCUCAGGAGAGGAACGAACCCAUCUUUCCAGCUCUCAUCUACUCUUCUACAAUGGUGUGGCUCGUCAACAUGGCCGACACCGACAGGCCAAAAAGAAAUUCAACGGAAGCAGCAUCACCUCAACAAGAGGCUCAAGAAGCCGUGGCCUCCCCAACUCUGUCUCAGGACGACGGGGGCUUCACCCCAUCCUGGGUCAACCAGCAGCAGCACCAAAUGGGGACGCUCCAGUCCACCGAACAGACCAGACGGGAGAUCCAGGAGAUGCCCUCCGCUCGUCCUCCUGCUGAAGACGAUGAUGAAGAGAGAGGCGUCAAGCUGGGGCUCGGAGACUUCAUCUUCUACAGCAUGCUGGUGGGAAAGGCCUCGGCCACAGCCAGCGGCGACUGGAACACCACGCUCGCCUGCUUCGUAGCCAUCCUCAUCGGCCUGUGUCUGACCCUGCUCCUCCUCGCCAUCUUCAAGAAAGCCCUUCCCGCUCUGCCCAUCUCCAUUUUUUUCGGCCUGGUCUUCUACUUCGCCACAGACAACUUGGUGCAGCCCUUCAUGGACAAGCUGGCACUACACCAGUUCUACAUUUAGCAGGACGCUGAUCUGAUAACCCUCACCCACCCAGCCCUCUGGCCAACAACACGAGAGCAGUCCCCUCACAGGCAGGGAACAAAGGGUGAUGCAGGGGUGCCUCCCUCCUAAGAACUCAUGAUGAUGGGACACAAGCUGUUUUCGCUCUGCCUUUCUUUUCCCGGCGCCAACGGAGGGUAUUACCCACAACAGCUGAUCUUAAAUAUUUUAUUUUCCGUUUUAAACCAAGAAGUGACAUUUCCUGCUCAACUUGGGACCUCAUCUUCAAAUUGUCACUCAACGGUCUCAGGCUCCAUUCAAACCAAGACAAGUUAGGGGGAAUAUUUGAACAUUAUUUAUGCAGGGAGGCUUAACAAGAGCUGGUGCGCCCCUCGUCAGCAGCACCUCCUUCAUAUCCACACACAUUCACCCCUAGGAGCUGCCCAGUACAACAGCGGUCUUCUACAGCCGGGGCUUUACAGUAGGUGCCUUGCUCAGGGACACCUUGGCAGUAGCUGUUGAGCAAAGGGGGAGACGGUUUCAUUUAAUCUCCCUUCAAAGACUCUGAUCAGACAUCUUCAUUUUUCUGACUUGUGAGCUGCCCCCCCCCCCACAAAAAUGGACCCAAGAUUAAAAAGCAUUCAUCCAACUAACGGACACUCUAUGAUGAUAUUGAUAAUAGAUUGGUAAAUGUGUAGUUUGAUUGUGUUUGAGCUGUCAGUCACCAGACGUGCUUUCCUCACCGUUGUUAAAGAAUGAUUAAGAUGUGUUUCUUUUCACUUUAAAAAACACACCUCGAAAGAUUUUCACCAAACAGGAUGUUUUGAGUCUUUCUCACGGAGGGGGAAAAGUGGAAGAAUUUAUUGUGUCUAGAAUUAAAUUAUGAGUGUUAUUGUAACACAGACUCGUCCGAGGUUUCACCAUGCUCUCUGCCCUUAAUUUUGACCUUAAAUCACAUUUCAAUUCAUAGCCUGCAGAGGGAGGAACACAAACACACUCGCACACACACUCUCACACACACUCUCACACUCUUGCACUCACACUCACACAAACACACACACACACACACACACACACCUGAGACUUGCCUGCCAUGUCAGUCAUGUACUGUCAGCCACUGAGCAGUUCUGCUGGAGCAGUCAGAGGUUCAGUGCCUUGCUCAAGGGCAUUUCAGUAGUAGUUGUUGUUAUUGUGGGGCAGAAAUGUGCUUUUCAUUCUCUUCCCUGACUGAGAUUUAAUUUUUUUUUAACCUGUCCAGGGGAUUGUAACCUGUGAUCAUCUGGUCACAAACUCUGAACCUUUAGGCUAUAGCUGCCCUCAUGACGCUCGCCUGGUGCUGUCUGGAACUAUGCUACAUCAAACAAAUUAUACACAGAUACUGUUGUGUUUUGUUUUUUUCAAGAUAUGCAGAAGAGAAUCUUUGUAUUUUUUGAAACAUGGGGGUAAAUGUUAACAGGGUUCCUACACGGAUCAGGAAAAUCUGUGUGAAAACAAGCCAAACUUUUGACAGAAAUUCUGUGCAUGUUUUGAGGCAAAAAAAAACAAACCCUAAAUCCUGAUGAAUGAGGGGAGUGUAGAUUUAAUGAUUUGAUACUUGAAUUUGUUGAACAUUUUUGGAAGACAUAAUCUCCUGUUACCGAGCAUUAUUUCUGUAUUUCUGGCUGUUUUGAUGAAGUUAAACAAACCAAAACAUUUAAAUUAAAGUUUCAAAAAGAA